GUUGACUCACAAUCGUCGAGACUGCAGCGUCGACGGAGUGAUAUCAUUUCACGUUUUGGGUUUGGUUCUGUUGAGUUUUGCUGCCAUCGCCAUGUCCACCGGUCCGAUUUUAGGCGGGCUCAGUCAGCUGGAGGGGGAGCAGAGAAAGGAGGCUCUGGAGCUCCUGGAUGCCACCCUCGCACAGUUGGCCACCGGAGACGGUCCCAGCUACAAGGCACUUAAUGUGACCUCUGUCACGGGUCAGGUCGUAGCUGGAACACUCAACACCUUCGAGGUUCAGCUGGAUAAUGGAUCCGAGCAAAAACGGGGCACCGUGAAGAUCUGGACUCAGCCCUGGCUGAAGGAGAACGGCACCAACAUCAAGAUCAAGUUCCAGGGUGAGGACGACGAACUGGACCGCACCUGGUAAAAGGAUUUACCUUGGACUUACAACUUAACUUAACAAUCUAAGUCUAGUUCAGAUCAAAAAUUUUGUAUGUGUUAUUCUGGGCUUAUUGUAUUUUUCAAUAUAAGUAUUACCUUUAUUA